AUGCAAAGUGAUUUUUAAUAACAAUCCACUAUAAAUAAUGGAAUUUAUAGUUUGUGGCAUGGGAUAGAUGAAGAAGAAUCAAAAAGGGAAAAGAAAAAACAAUAAAAGCAAGCUCACCCUUAGUUUUCAGAGAUGACAGACAAGCAAAAGCAAAGAAAAUAAAACUUGAAUCUAUAGAAAAAAAAGAAAGGAAAAUUGUCUCAUAAAUCAGAUAUGUAAACCAAUGAUGAUGAAUCAGAAAAAUAGGAGUUUAAUUAACAUCUAAAAUAUGAAACAAAACCUUAAUUUGUGCUUUUAGUAAAACCAAAUAACGAGGAGAUCUAGAUCGAUUUGCAACAAUAUAUCGACGAAUAAUAUUCGAUUCAAGAGGAUAUUUCAAAGAUUUCUUGUUUUAAAUAGGAGAGUGAUUUUGGACAUACAGAAUACAAACUUAGACUAGUUGAUCCUGAUCCUAAGAGAUUAACUCAUUUAACAACCCAGAUGAAUUUUAGAUUGUCAGAGGGAAAUGGUAUGGCAUAUUAUAAAAUCGGUGUUGAGGAUAGCGGUAAUCCCUUGGGUCUUAACAAAUCUGAUAUGCUUGGAUCAUUGAAAACCCUGUGUUUGAUGGCUUAAUCUUUGAAAGCUGAAUUAUUGGUUGUUGGAAUAAAUUAGGGAACCAAUGGCAAAACCUGUGAAGUUAUAGUUAGGAAAGGGUUGAAGGACGGGAUAAAUUUGGAUAUAAGAAUCUUACUUUUGGGGGAAAGUGGAUCUGGAAAGACAUCCCUUCUAGGUGUGCUUAGUACUGGACAAUUAGAUAAUGGACAAGGUUUGGCAAGGAUGAAGUUCCUGAAGAAUAGGUCUGAAAUUACAUCUGGGAAGACAGAAAGAGUGAGUCAUACGGUUAUAGGUUUUGAUAGCGAGGGAAAGAUUAUGAAUCAUUAAAAUUAACUAAACUUCAGUCCUACUUGCAUGGUGGAGAAAUUAGUGGAUUUAUCAACAAAACUGAUUACUUUUAUUGAUAUGGGUGGAACAAAAAGAGCACAUAAUUAAAUGAUUCAGAUUGUCAAUUCUCAAUUUCCAGAUUAUGCUCUAUUAACCAUCUCUUCAUUGCAAUAAAUUGGAAAACCAACUAUGGAUUUUCUUAAAUUAAUCUAAAUCUAACAAAUUCCGUUUAUGAUUGCCAUCACUCAUGUGGAUCAAAUCACUGAGGAUUAUUAUGUGGACAAAGUAGAAUAAUUAAAAGACAUGAUUAAAAGUCUAUAAAUUCAAAGUGUUCCUAUUGUUGUUAGAAGUGAAGAAGAUGUUGUCUUGUUUAGUAAAUAGAUUCUUAGCAAAACCCUAAUUCCUAUAUUUUUAAUAUCUAAUAUGAAAUAGAGGACAUUAGAUUAUUUUAUUAAAUUUUUAAAUUUAUUACCUUCAACAAAUGAAUUAACAAACAAUUCAAACUUAGAUUCAGAAUAUUGCAUCCAUAAUGUUUUUGAGAUUAACAACUAGAAGGUGCUGGGGGGAACUGUUCUCAAAGGAAUUAUUAGAGUUAAACAAAUAUUAUAAAUGGGACCUGACAAGCAUGGUCGUUUCUUCCCAAUUGAAAUUGAAGAAAUUUAAUGUAAUCGAGUUCAAGUUAAAUCUGCAUAAUGUGGAUAGAUAUGCACAAUUAGGUUUAAGUAAGGCAAUCAGUAAUUUGGAUCAGAUCAGAAUCCUAUAAGACGAGGAAUGGUUUUAAUAGAAGGAAAGAGCAACCCACAGGCAGCUUGGGAUUUUUUGGCAGAAAUCUGGUUAUUUGAUGAUUAAAAAGAAGCCAAGAAAAUUGCAGUCAGUUUUGAACCUGUGAUUAAUACUCAGUGUACUAGAUAAAUUUGUAAAAUAAUCAGAGAAGAAUAAUUAUAGUUUGAGACUGUAACAUUAAGAAAAAAAUAAUCAAGAUCAAUUGACGAAUCUUGUAUGCAAAAGUCUGAUACUUUAUCAUCGAGAUCAUCCUAUAGGAAAUAGAGUGAAUAAAUCAAAAAAGCAAGCAGUUCUAAUAGCUUAAACAAAGAAUCUUAUAGAAGUCCAAGAAGAAAAGGGAGCAGUUAAGUCAAAUCCUGUACAAAUGACGAAGAUCAAAAAAAGACCGAUUUGUUUGUGAUAAACGAAAAAAAUGAAAAAUCUAUGGAGUUUAUAGAAUUAAUCCCAAAAUAACCUAACAUUGUUAGGCUAAAGUUUAAAUAUUUCCCAGAAUACAUCACUAAGGGCAUGAAGCUAAUUAUAAAUGAUAAUGGGCUAUAAGCUUGGGGUUUUAUUAAAUAUAUAAAUUAUUGA